AUGCAGUUAAAAAGUGCUGCAGGCCUCGUUAUACUAGCAGUCACGUGUGUUAACUGCCAUCCAAACGUAUGGAAGAGAGACGUCCUUGCGCCGGUUCACGGACUCUACGUAAAAACUUCAGCUGAUGGCACCAAGGGAGAUCUGUUUGUUGCUGCGACGGAGGAAAACGGAGUGAAAUCGCAAUGGGCCCUGGAUCAGCCAAUCGGCGUUCUGCCCGUAUCUACUCAACCUCAAGCUGCUUCGGUUCCAGUGGCAUAUACUCCUGUAUACGCAACAACACACGAAGAAAGUACUCCUCAAAAGCGAUCCACUUUAACGACCCCUACUUCUAGCACUCCCGUGCAAUAUGCCUACGCUGUGCCCGUGUCAUCUUCUACCCCAGUUGAGACGACAGGUACCGUAGCAUCAUACCCCUACGCCUACACAAUGACUGCUACUGCUACUGCAACUGAAACUCCAAAAUGUGAACAUCAAGCUAGUGCUGUACAAUAUCCCUACCAAUUCCCCUUCCACAUGUUCUAUCCCCAUAUGAUGUCUGCUUACACCAAUGCAAUGAGCAUACUCAAAGAAGCAGGGUUUAGUGAAGAUUCGGCCAGUUCAGUGAUGGCCCAAGCUUCACCCAUGUGGUCGCCUACUUCGUACGCUUAUCCAAUGUACGUAAUGAUAGAUCCCAAACCCUGCACUCAGGACCAAACUACAACUACCACUUCCACUCCUGCUACAACAACUUCAAACACAUCGGAAGAAACUACUCAAGCAUAGAAAAAGCAUUU